GAAAACCAACAAAACAACCGAUAUGUCUUCGUCGAGGCCAGAACAGCAAGUAGUACAACAUUUUACCCAUAUCCAUCGAUUAACAAAGGUUGACGGAUAUGGUGAGUUCACAUGCGGUGGCUGCAAAACCUACGGCUUUGGAAAGACCUACCGUUGCACCCACUGCGACUACAAUCUUCACGAUCAUUGCGCCACGUGCCCCCCUACCCUCUCCAGCUUUAUGCAUCCACAGCACAAGCUCCGGCUAGUCUUUAGGGGACCAGAACAGGCGCACCAAAACAGACGUAUGUGCGACAUCUGCGACGAAUCAGCCGAGGGACUCUAUUACCAGUGUGAGCCUUGCGGCUUCGACGUUCACCCACUCUGCACGCAGCUGCCUCAGCGCGUGAGACACGUGCCUCACCCGGCUCAUCUCUUAGAGCUGAGUCAUUGGGGAGCGAGCAACACGUGCAUGGUUUGUCGCGGUGAGAUCAAGUCUUGGCGGUACAAGUGCGGUUCAUGCAGGGUAGAUGUUCACAUGGAAUGCGUUGAUUCAUCUGCUUCGGUAGCAGCAACGGGGAUUCAGGAAAGGGGUUUUGGACAGCAAUUUGAGUUUUCUCAAUAUCACCAGCCUUAUUACAAUUACGGAUACAAUUACGGAUAUAUAAAUCAAGGUCAGGUUCAAGAGUCGGGUCCGAGUACAGGGAGAAGGAUGUAUAAGGUUUUGAUGGCUCUGACGCUUGGGGUUGCUUGCAAUAUCAUCGCUGGGCCGGCCGCUCAGGUCCUUAUGGGAGGCUUUUGAAAUGGCACGUCUCCAACGUCACGCCAUUAUAUGUCUUUUUCUCUAAAUAAUGUUUAUGUUUGCUUUCUUUCUUUGUUUCGUACAAUAAUUUACAAAAUGUACGUGUUGCCAUUUUCAAUAUACACAAUAUACUAUGAUAACUUGC